AUGAAAGGAGGCUUGAGUGUUACAUCGGCAAUAGUAACAAUGGUAACAUCGAUGAUGGGUACUGGAAUCAACUACAUGCCAUAUGCAUUUAAAAGUGUUGGAUACAUCAGGGGGAUUCUUCUGAUAAAUGGAGUGGGAAUUCUAACGUUUUUCUCUCUAUAUGCGAUCUCAAUUGCAGCAAAUAGAUCCAAGGAGCAAAACCCAACCUAUUCCUCAUUAUCAACACACAUCUCGAAGGCACUUAAGAUCUUAGUGGAUAUGUCUAUUUUCAGUUCGUGUUUUGGAGUGAAUAUUGUGUUCUACAGAUAUCUUGCGGAGCUCAUCACGAUCAUGGUUCCAAUAGGCAAGUAUGUGGAUCCAGAAAUAGGGAGAAAGAUAGUUAUUGGAGCUCUUUCAAUUCCAUUUCUGCUUCUAUCAUUACAAAAGAAUCUUUCGAACCUCAAAGUGACAUCCUAUAUUACGGUGGCUUCUGUAAGCUAUCUUGCAGUACUGAUGGGGAUUUACUGUCUUUUUAUUGGAGGAAAAAGUGCUGAAGAGCCAAUGCAGAGGUUUGGAAGCAACUUUUCAGGUGGGAUUUCCUGCUUUAUGUUUGCAUUGUCCUGCCAAGCAAAUAUGGUCAAGACAUACACCGAGAUGGAGCAUAAGUCUCCAAGCAACAUAAUCAAAGUCGCAAUGGGAGCUUCGUUGAUAGGAACUCUUAUUUAUGGAAGUGUUGGGCUUUGUGGAUAUGCUGUGUUUGGGGACACCAUCAAAGGUUCGAUAAUUGAUAUACUGAUAAGCCCAGAAAGCAGUAUCAACUUAUAUCUCAUGAGAAACACCAUCGACAAGUACGCACUAUCUUCAAAGAUGGCUUGCAUCGGGGCGAUGCUGGUUCUGUUUGGGGCAUUCCCGGUUCAGAUGAACCCGUUGGUUGGAAUACCCCUUAGCUACUUCGCUCGGGAAGGGAGCAACGAAGAUGCAGUAAGGAGAAAGGUAGUCUCCGUGCUUAUGAUUUUAUUCUUAUCGUUGUCUCUUCUGGAAGAUCUUAACAUUGACACUAUUCUUCAGAUGGUAGGCGCCACAGCAGUUAACCUGGUGUCUUUUACCUAUCCCUUCAUCUAUUACCUAUAUUUCAGAAGCAAAGUGGACUUCAUGUCUGGCUUGGCUUUGUUUGGAAUAAUUGGUAGUAUAGCAUCUAUGAUCUACAUGUCAUACAACAUAAUGUUAUCAUAA